GGCCGUCCUACAAAGUCUCGACGUGCCCAAGGGCAUGGGCCUUUAGCCACUGCCGCCCGGUAUAAUCCGUUUCGAGGCGGUAAAGACGUUGUUGCAGUGGUGAAAAUACAUCCACCAGGGAGAUCCGCUAACGCGGGAUGAAUGUGGGGGGGGCCAGAAGGGCUGAUAGGCUUAUCUCUUGGCGACAACCUCAGAUGCGGAAGUGUAUCAGUCGAGAUCCAAAAUUGGUUCCCUUAUCUUAUCCUUGCCAGAAAAUAUAUCGACAGGAUUUCCGCGGUGAACCGCUGGCAAAACAAUCUUCCUGUUUGGAAUUCGAAGCUGAUGACGGAGCCGAAGAAAACGCAGACACACUCUUGCCGGACAUCGCACGCAUGGGAAUUCUGCCCACAGUGGAAAAGCAUGUCUUCAUUGUUUCCGGGUGUGAGCACCGCCCUCCUUGUGUUUGGCGGAAGGGUGGAUUGCUUCCACGGCGACGUCGGAUGAGCCGACGAGUUCAGUCACCUGGGUGUCUUUUUCUUCGCGCUCAGCGAGAGAAGCAGAAGGCUUUGUGGGGCCUUGCUAUUCAUUAUGGGCGAUAUGGCAGCCACACAACACUUUGCGUUGGCGGAAGCUGUGGCACUGAUUGAGCGCCACCGAGAUAAAUUGCCAUGCGUUAGCUUCUUCCCAACCACUGGCAGCCGAAAAAGUUGAUCCGAAUAAUCUGAGAUGCGAACAGCUCACGCAGUGCGCGUGUUGUUCAGGACAUUCGAGUCUUCGCUUGGCAUCUCCGCGGAUUCUUCUGAUGAGCCGGCCUAUGCGCGGGAGUAAGUGCAAUGUAUCCUCUGCGAGCCUAACGUAAGCCUACUCCCUGUAGGCGUCUCGGGUUCGCUAUAUUGCUCUCCUGCAAUGGGAGUUCGUUGGUACGUCUGCUGUUCUGCUA